CCCCAUCACUCACUACAUCACUUUCCGCUCACUAAUACCAGACCACACCGCCAACAUGUCUGCCGACCCAAAUGACGCCCAGCAUGAGCACACCUUCGAGAGCGCCGAUGCUGGCGCCUCUGCCACCUUCCCAAUGCAGUGCUCUGCUUUGAGGAAGAACGGCCACGUCGUCAUCAAGAACCGCCCAUGCAAGAUCGUCGACAUGUCCACCUCCAAGACCGGCAAGCACGGUCACGCCAAGGUCCACUUGGUCGCCAUCGACAUCUUCACCGGCAAGAAGUUGGAAGAUCUGUCUCCAUCUACCCACAACAUGGAGGUUCCAAACGUCUCGCGCCGCGAGUACCAGCUUCUUGAUAUCACUGAUGACGGUUUCCUCUCCCUCAUGUCUGACGAUGGCUCCACCAAGGACGAUGUCAAGGUUCCAGAGGGCGAGGCUGGUGAGAAGAUCAACAAGCUCUUCCGUGAGGAGGAGAAGGACACCAACGUCAUCAUUCUCACUGCUAUGGGUGAGGAGGCCUGCAUUGAUGCCAAGGAAGCUCCAAAGGGUUCUUAAGCGGCCUGCAGCAUGAGUGCGCGGCGAUCCAUCAUUUUAUACGAGCGCUUACAGGGAAAGCCGGGGGCAUUUCAUCAUGAUAUACGCAGCAAUGAAAUGCGGCAUGGUCGGUGUUGUGGAAGCGAACAAUCUUCGCUAGGAUUAUUGUCAUGUGUGCUUCUGCGCGAGCGUCUCGGCUCGUGGAAAGUAUCUAUGAGAGUAGGCAUGAUGAAUGAGGUCGUUGCGACCAAAAGUUUCCUUUCG